AUGAGCAUUUCCUCAUCCAUCCAAGCGAGCAAAACGACCCCCUCGUGUCCAUGCUUUCCGACGACCGUCAGCAGCACCCGCGAGCAACAUCGCACCAAUAACCACAACGCCGGUUGCGAUCAGGAGCAAUUCUCGCAGGAAUACACGGGCAAAGACGUGAAAAGUGGCGGCCACGCGAUCGGGGAAUUCAAACAUAAUCCGCAUGAAGUCGCGUUCGAAGGUGACCAUGAUCCCAUGUGCCCCCGAAGCAUGCCAUUAGCGCGGAAGUGGGCUAUUGUAAUCAUCAUCUGUACCGGAACAUUAUGCGUGACAUGCGCCAGCUCGAUUUACACGACCACGUAUACGCAGAUGAAUACCGAGUUCCGCACGCCAUCACUCGUCGCAACGGUUGGACUGUCGUCGUUUGUGCUGGGAAUCGCCCUGGGACCGUUGUUCACCGGCCCUUUGAGCGAGUACUACGGACGAAGGCCAAUCUACCUUAUUUCCUGGACCAUGUUCACCAUCUGGACCAUCCCAUCAGCCGUUGGCAAACACAUCGCGUUGCUGAUUAUAGCUCAGUUCUUUAACGGGUUCGCUGGUGGUACCUUUUUGUCUGUUGCGGGAGGAACCGUGAGUGAUGUGUUCUCGCGCCAUGAGAUUCAAGCGCCAAUGGCUCUCGUCUCAUCCGCCCCAUUUGUUGGUCCGUCCUUGGGCCCGGUGAUUGGUGGCUUCAUCAAUUACUACGCAUACUGGAGGUGGACCUACUACUUCGUCAUUAUUUGGUCCACAGCCCUGUGGAUUGCAAUCGUCGUGCUGGCCCCAGAAACCUAUCAUCCAGUCAUACUGAGGGCGAAGGCCACAAAGCUCCGCAAGGAAACAGGAGACGACCGGUAUAAGGCGCCGAUAGAGAAAAUUACCAGAUCAAACAGGAGGGUGAUCGCACUUUCGCUCCUGCGGCCGCUGCAGUUUCUUUUACUCGAGCCCAUGUGCCUCUGCCUGAAUAUUUACUCGGCAAUUUUGCUGGGUAUCUUGUACCUGUUCUUCGGAUCCUUCCCCUUGGUAUUCCGAACGAACCAUGCCAUCCUGGGUGGUCUUCUUAUCCCCACUGGCCUGUUCUGGUUCGGCUGGACAACUUACCCGAGUAUCCACUGGAUGGUAGAUGCUUACCCACGAUACGCUGCAUCAGCCUUGGCCUCCAAUGGUCUCGUGAGGUGCUCCUUCGCAGGGACUGAGAAGGCCUUGGCAGAUGCACCUGCCGGUCAGUCGGUCCAGCCGCUUCUCCUGGCUGGGGCGUCCUCUGAGACAGUUCGCGAUGCGGAUGCACCUCAGCACCGCGAUGGCUCCAAUGCAGACACGUUGGUAGGCCGGGUACAGCAGAUUCAAGGCCUUGACACGCUCUCCGCGGGGAAAGACCAGCUCCAACCUGUUACAGAGACGCAGAAUGAUCAAUCCAGGCAGACGACCCGUUCUCAUGGCACCACAAAGGCUCAUCGUGUUUCGUACAUCGUCGAGGUCGUCUACAAAGCCGAUAAUGGUGUCACCGAGUCCUUAAAAGUCCAUUACUCGAUCCCAGCCUCCAUCGUCGAGCCACCAGCUUCUGAUCGUGACCGGCGAGUUGGCAAGUUUGUUUCUCUGGCAGAGGCUUUAAUCAUGCCAGGCGGGGAAGUAGCCAACGAGCUGAUCCGCGCUUUCUUCGAGGUCAUCCACCCCGCUUAUCCGGUCCGUGAUCACCAUACAGCUGCGGCUUUCGGCCAGCCAUGCCGCAUCCGAGACGAGGAUUGCGAUGUCGAGCCUCUCAAUGAAGAGGAUUUCACCUUCGAUGACGACUACGAGCAGGGUCUCAUACCUGCUCAGCAAGACUUCCAUGUAUCGUAUGUCAUCGAGAUGUCGAAGUUGGCCAUGAUACUUGGAGAUAUUCUCACCAAAGAGUUCAGUCCCCGCCGCCCCGAGCCGGGACGGUCCGACACGGAAGCAUUGGUGGGGAGGCUCUCACAAUGGGAAUCUCGGUUGCCACAUGAACUCCGAAAAGAGCCGCUCAGCGGAUCAUUGAAUGCGUCCUUCUGGGCCAGCAUGCUCCACUUCUCAUAUCAAAAUUACUACAUACUCCUCUUUCGACCCAAGUCCAUCGAAGUCCUCUCCUCGGCCGAAGCUGAACACGAUGUGCGGGUCCGCUCCGCUGCCGAUUCGAUAACCCGCAUGGCAGAGGACCUCCUGGGGAACGGCGCGAUCAAGUUUGCACAGAUCCACCUCGUCCCAUCAUUGUUCGGCGCCCUGUCCGUCCACACCAUCGCCAUAUGCAGGCGCGAUCACGUUCGUCAGCAGCUCGCCGAGAACAAGGCGCGGCAAUGCCUGCUCGCGCUGAGCGAGCUGGCGAAAUCAUGGCCCGUGAAGAUCUGGAUCGCCGAGGCGUUUGUCGAUCUUAUGGAGAGACUGACAGGGCAGGUCUCUUCGGGAGGCUCCAUUGUCAGCGUGUCGACCAAGACUGCGAGCAGCUGCUCAAAUCAUCUGACACAGCGUGCAACCACUCCGCCGGCUGCUUCUGCCGGGAACACGACUGGAGCCUCGGUUGUCCUCGAGAAGCUGGAUCAGCCUGAUCUACACACCUCUGGUGUUCUUCCGCAGACAGCCGGCACCACUGCCUACAGCGACCCGUUUUGGGGCGGCUAUGCUGAUAAUAACGCCUUUGAUAUAGAUUUUCUCCUUCACACCAGUCUUGGACCGGUUCUUUCCGCACCUUUUAGCGGACAGGGCGGCACCGAGGGAGGAAACACCCUUGGUCUUUAG